ACCCUAGCUACUUAUUAAUACCAUUUCUCUCUCUCUUGAAAAACUCAAUAGAGUGUUGAGGGAGAGAAAAAGUUUCUUUGUCUCUGUUCAGGGUUCAGCAGCAGCCAUUGGCAGCAGCAGCAGCAGCAGAAGCAGAAAAUAAUCAUCAAAAUCGUUUUUAGAUCUUUUUUAGGGUUUUAGUUUUGUUUUUUUUGAGAAGAAAAUGGAUCUUCCGAGUUUAGCCGUCAUACUUCAAGCGGCUCUUACUCCUGAUACUGAACAAAGAAAAGCUGCUGAAGAAAGUCUCAAGCAGUUACAGUACACUCCACAGCAUUUGGUGAGGUUGUUGCAGAUUAUUGUAGAUGGAGGUUGUGAUAUGGCUAUUAGGCAAUUUGCCAGUAUUCAUUUCAAGAACUUUGUUGCUAAAAACUGGUCGCCUAUUGAUCCUGAUGAGCAGCAGAAAGUAUUGCCGACUGAUAAAGAAUUGGUGAGGCAGCACAUUCUUACAUAUAUCACACAAGUGCCACCACUAUUGAGAGCACAGCUUGGUGAGUGCCUCAAAACCAUAAUUCACGCUGAUUACCCUGAGCAGUGGCCAAGCCUUCUCCAAUGGGUGAAACAUAAUCUACAAGGUCAACAAGUUUACGGGGCAUUAUUUGUGUUGAGAAUCCUUUCCAGGAAAUACGAGUUCAAGUCGGAUGAAGAGCGGACACCUGUUUACCUCAUUGUUGAGGAGACAUUUCCAUAUCUCCUUAAUAUAUUUAGCAGACUGGUUCAAAUUGUCAACCCUCCUCUUGAGAUUGCAGACUUGAUCAAACUUAUCUGCAAAAUAUUCUGGUCAUCCAUAUAUUUGGAGAUUCCGAAGCAACUUUUUGAUCCAAAUGUUUUCAAUGCAUGGAUGGUUCUAUUCCUUACCAUAUUGGAAAGACCUGUUCCUGUAGAAGGCCAGCCUGUUGACCCAGAUCAAAGAAAAGUUUGGGGAUGGUGGAAAGUUAAAAAGUGGACAGUGCACAUUUUGAAUCGAUUGUACACUCGGUUUGGGGAUCUAAAGCUUCAAAAGCCCGAAAACAAAGCUUUUGCUCAAAUAUUUCAGAAGAAUUAUGCUGGGAAGAUUUUGGAAUGCCACUUGAACUUGUUGAAUGUGAUUCGUGUUGGUGGUUAUCUACCAGAUAGAGUUAUCAACCUUAUUCUCCAAUAUUUGAGUAACAGCAUUUCAAAGAAUAGCAUGUAUCAGCUGCUGCAGCCACAGCUCGACGUCGUCUUAUUUGAGAUAAUAUUUCCUCUUAUGUGCUUCAAUGACAAUGAUCAAAUGCUGUGGAAAGAAGAUCCACAUGAAUAUGUCAGGAAGGGUUAUGAUAUUAUCGAAGACCUAUAUAGUCCUAGGACCGCCGCCAUGGAUUUUGUAAGUGAGUUGGUUAGGAAACGUGGAAAGGAGAACCUUCAGAAAUUCAUUCAAUUCAUUGUGCAGAUUUUUAGGAGAUACGAUGAGGCACCAGCAGAGUAUAAACAAUAUCGCCAAAAAGAUGGUGCCCUUCUUGCUAUCGGUGCAUUAUGUGAUAAACUGAAGCAAACUGAACCGUACAAGUCCGAGCUUGAGCCUAUGCUAGUUCAACAUGUUUUUCCUGAGUUCAGCAGUCCAGCUGGACAUCUUAGAGCAAAGGCGGCAUGGGUUGCUGGCCAGUAUGCUCAUAUCAACUUCUCAGAUCAGAACAAUUUCCGAAAGGCGUUACACAGUGUCGUUUCUGGAUUGUGCGAUUCUGAGCUUCCGGUUCGUGUUGACUCAGUCUUUGCAUUGCGCUCUUUUAUUGAAGCUUGUAAAGAUUUGGGUGAAAUCCGUCCAAUUCUUCCUCGAUUGCUUGAUGAGUUCUUUAAACUUAUGAAUGAGGUUGAGAACGAGGACCUCGUGUUUACUCUCGAAACGAUUGUGGACAAGUUUGGUGAAGAGAUGGCGCCUUAUGCCCUUGGAUUAUGCCAGAAUCUGGCUGCUGCCUUCUGGAAGUGUAUAGAUUCUGCUGAUGCUGAUGAUGAUGAGGUUGAUGAUUCUGGUGCCCUAGCUGCAGUAGGUUGUUUGCGCGCCAUUAGCACAAUCCUUGAAUCUGUGAGCAGGCUUCCUGAUUAUUUCCUCAAAAUUGAGCCAACUCUAUUACCUAUAAUGCGUCGAAUGUUGACUAGUGAUGGACAAGAGGUCUAUGAAGAAGUUCUGGAAAUAGUUUCGUAUCAGACAUUUUUUGCUCCAACAAUUUCAUUGGAAAUGUGGAGUCUUUGGCCUUUGAUGAUGGAAUCAUUGUCGGAGUGGGCUAUAGAUUUCUUUCCAAAUAUUCUGGUUCCUUUGGACAACUUUAUAUCCAGAAGCACUACACAUUUCUUAACAUGCAAGGAUCCAGAUUACCAGCAAAGUCUUUGGCAUAUGCUUUCAUCUAUUAUGGCAGAUAAAAAUAUGGAGGACAGUGAUAUUGAACCGGCUCCUAAGCUCAUUCAAGUGGUUUUCCAAAACUGCAAGGGUCAAGUAGACCAUUGGGUUGAGCCAUAUCUGACCAUCACACUUGAGCGGUUACGGCGGACAGAAAAACCUUACUUGAAGUGUCUCCUGAUGAAAGUGAUAGCUGAUGCUCUUUAUUAUAACGCACCUUUGACACUCAGUGUGCUGCAUAAGCUUGGAGUGGCCACAGAAGUAUUUAAUCUGUGGUUCCAGAUGUUGCAAGAAGUCAAAAAGAGUGGUAUGAAGGCAAACUUUAAAAGGGAACAUGACAAAAAGGUUUGCUGCUUGGGAUUGACAUCACUUCUUGCGCUCCCUGGAGAUCAGUUACCUGUGGAAGCUUUUGCACGGGUUUUUACAGCAACUCUUGAUCUUUUGGUUGCCUAUAAGGAUCAAGUAGCAGAAGCAGCUAAGGAAGAGGAAAAUGCUGAUGAUGAUGACAUGGAGGGGGGGUUUCAAACUGAUGAUGAUGAAGAAGACGAAGAUGGAUCCGACAGGGAUAUGGGAGUUGAAGCUGAGGAUGGUGAUGAGGCUGACAGUCUUAAGCUCCAAAAGUUAGCUGCCCAGGCAAGAUCAUUUCGCCCUGCUGAUGAGGAUGACGAGGACUCAGAUGAUGAUUACAGUGAUGAUGAAGAGUUACAAUCACCAAUUGAUGAUGUCGAUCCUUUCAUUUUCUUCGUUGAUACAGUCAAAGUUCUGCAAGCCUCGGAUCCUGCAAGAUUCCAGAGCUUUAUGCAAGCACUUGACUUCCCUCAUCAGGCCUUGGCUAGUGGUUUAGCUCAGCAUGCCGAACAAAGGAGAAUAGAAAUAGAAAAAGAGAAGAUGGAGAAGGCAGCAGCAGGGACCAACGCUACCUUGUGAAUUUAAGCUAUGAGCGUGCAUUGUUUCUAAAGAGUUUUGCUUCGCUCACCUAUCAAUUCUUUAUCUUGUUUGAUUUGCUGAGUCUCAGUGAAGGUCAAUUGGUUUUCUGAUCACAAAUGAUCCAGGAAACUAAAGUGUGCUCCCAAGUUGGACCCAAUUGGGUGUUUGGGUUCCAAAGAGAUAAAAAAAAAGUGUAGAUGGGAACACCAGCGUCUUCAUUAGGAUGGUUCUCCAAUGGUGGGAGAGGUCUUAGUUUUACAGAUGUGGAUUCUUCUUCUGGCAGAAGAACCUGGUCAGUGCCAAUUUCUUUUCAGUAUUUUCUUCUUCUUUUUUUUUUGUCCGAGUAUCCUAUAUUUGUUACAUGGGAAAAUGUUUCCCAACCUCAUUUUGGGUGUUUGUCAUCAUCGGGUGAAUCCUGUCCUGGCAAGCGUAUAUGGGUAUAAGAAACCCUUGAGACCUCCUUUUUCUUGGAGAAAGUAGGGAAGAAGGGCUUCGUUUAUAGAGUGUAUAUGAGAUUGUUUCCCUUUUUUUUCUUCUUUUCUUUUAGUUAUUUGUUAGGAAGGUGACGAAUAUUUGGUGGUUGAGGAUGGUGAUGGCUCUGUAUUCAUAUAUUUUUGGGUGGGAGAGAAAAUGAAGGCUGUAGCAAUACAUGUAAAAGAUUCCAUUUUGUGUUUGUCAUUUUACGAUUGGAUACGAGUCACUUUACCUCGGAUGGGUUUCGCUGUUGGAUGUGAAACAAUCUUAUUAUUCGUUUUGAAUAUAUAUCAUCCUUUUGCCAAAA